CGCGGCAUCUCCGUGGCCAUUGUGUGUUGCCAACUUCCGUCCGGUACGGUCGUGAUCGUCAGCUGCUCUUGUGCGUGCCCGGCGUACGUGCGUGUGUGUGCGUGUGUACGCACUGUUUGUGGUGUGGUCGAUCGUACGCCGCCAUUCGCUGUGUAAAGGGGAGGAUGCAACUGUGCCGGGGCGGAACGUCGAUCGACACCCGUCCGCCCGCGCCCGUUCAGUGAAGGAAAGCGGCUAAAACCGCCUGGCACAACUGAUCGGUGCAAAAAGUGUGUCUGUGUUCGUGUGUGAGUGGAACAAAACCAGUGUUCUGCACCGGAUUACGACGACGACGGCGGCUAAGCAGCUCGUGCAAGAGUUAGUUUGAGUGAAAAUUAGCAAAAAAAAAAGAAUUAUCAAAAAAGAAGAGAAAACAUAGUUGCCUUAGAAACGGAAGAUUUUUCCAACGUGUACCAGCCAGUUAGUGUGAUUGUAUGUGGGCGUAGUAGUAGCCCUUGGAUGCCAACCAAGCAGCAACCUCAGUAUGCCAAAUGUUGUGUUUUUUCCACCCCGGAGCAGUAUCGUUCAAACAAAGUAAAAGUGUUUUUUGAGAUGAAUUUUUCGUGAAGCCUGUGUUUGUACCAAAGCGGUGGAAAAAGCAGCGUGAAGAGAAUUACGUGAUAGAAUUGUUUGAAAAGAGUUGCGAAUUUUUGUCUGUGGGAAAGUGAAACGAUCGCCAUAACACAAACCGCACGCAGUUCCGGUGCAGUCGUCGGUCGUCCAGCUGCUUCCCGGAUGGAUCCAUCAGCUAGCGGAAGCAGUUAGUAGCGUUGAAGCUUCGGGACACAUACCUCAACACCGUUCCAGUGCAUCAUCAUCAUCACAUGACCAUCACAGUAAAGAAGCCAGCUGAAUGAGUGCGUACAGUUGAUAGAAGGGGUAAACACCUUGCGACACACCUUCCCUCUCGGAUAUACCGCAACCGGAAUCUUCCAACUCGUCCAGAAUGGCGAACUACUUCCUGUGCCUUGUUGUUCAACGGUUGGUUCUGCCGCUCAUUCUCGCAACAUGCGUGCUGAUGAGACCGGUAGGACUGGCCAUUCCAUAUUUGAUAUGCCUAUUAGUAAUACCGUACGUGCCUGUUGCCAACAAGAAAACUAUCCAGGGACCAACUGGACUUUUUAUGAGGCUACUAAUACUGUUUGUCGUGCUCGACCUGGCGGCUGUGAUCGUGUUCCAGCUGAUACUGAUCUCCUUCCCGGGCAGCUCGGUCGAAUCGUGCAGUCUGGGCGAGAUCAUACUGCGCCACAUUGGGCUGGUGUCGUUCAAUGGGCUCGGUGUCUGGAUGGUGGUGUACUGGUUGGCCCCGGAAGCUAUCCUGCUGGUCGGUGCAGUGACCGUGCACAUCGUCCUGCGGAAGCUGACGGGCGUGAUAGUGCCGAGGCGGAGGCGACGGAGGAGGGGUGCCGACGGUAACACGGCCGAAGAUGACACCGAGCAGGGCGCUGACGCGGAAGGAGAAGGACCAGCGGCUGAGGCCGAGGAGAGCGAACUGCAGACGAGCCUGAUCAGCCCGGAACGGUUGCCCUUCUUCACCACGCUGGGCGUACUGCUGUCGAUGUGUAUGCUGUGCGUGGUCGGCAUCAUACAACCGUCCGCGAUUAGUGGCGUGUACUUUGUGGUGUUUCUCGGUGCUGCCUCCUGGUGGGGAUGCUACAAGAAGCUAGAUAGAGCGUUUGGAAUAGUUUUAAAAAUCGUGCUAGUAGUGCUAGUCAUACACAUCGUGCUGCUGCUAGCCUACCAGAACCCCUGGCCCCAGGAGGUGCUGUACUUUAACGAUACGGCGGCGCGCGUACUCGCCCUGAAGCCGAUCCUGAACUCGUCCUGCAAUCUGGCGAACGGGACCGACAUCCGGGACGUGCACUUCAACUCGGAUCUCGACACGGACGUGUAUCUGAAUCCGAUCUUCCUGCUGCUCUGCUACUACACGCUAACGAUGACCUCAUCGUUGCUGUUACGAACAAGAAGCGAUACUACAAAGGAUAGAAAACGGUUGGAUCUGUCCAGUCAGCUCGAGAACGGCAUUAGGCUGCAAAAUCAGAUCUCCUUCCGCAUGCAGCGCAAGAACAUUCUGCGCAAAACGCUCACCAGCGAUCGGUGGCGCGGUGCCGCCCGGAAGGUGAAACUGAUGCGCCGCGGAACGCAUAGAAUUCGAGAUGCGUCGGCGAACGAUGGCAAAGAUUGUGCUCAAACCGAUCAAAUAGCGUUAGAAAGCUUAGAAACGAAUAAAACCAUUUCAGAAGAGGAGGAACCUUCGAGCUUCUUCGAGCAGGCGCUGCUGGCCAUACGGAAUGUGGCUUCCUAUAUUUAUAAGAAUAGUUACAUCUUUACCAAUGUCAUAAUGAUGGUUUGGAGCAUCAUGUACCAUAGUUGGUUAACGUUUGUGCUGCUGCUGUGGGCUAACCUGAUCUGGAUCUUACCGAACCAUCGGAAGAACAUGCUGAACUCCAGCCCGUUCCUGGUAAUAUACGCGGAAGUGCUACUGAUCGCUCAGUUUCUUUACGGGAUGAACCUAACCGAAGCAGAGCUUCCAACGGUCGUAGAGGGUUCCGGGAUCAAUCUGGAGCAACUAGGGUUUGUACGACGCACCGAGUAUCCGAUCGUGCCACUCCUCGUAAAGUCACUCUUUACCACGAUGUUCUGGAUCUCGCUGCGCCAGCUGAUCCAGGAGAAGCAGACGGAGCGUCGCGAAUCGAUGAUCGCCAAUAUGGCGGCUCCGCUGCAGCUACCGGUUGGGGCAGCGACGACCGCUGCCACAGGGCCACCGUCCGCGACGGAACGACUGCCCGAGAAGAAGUCGUCCGCGAUCGUCGAUCGAAUGGCGAAAUUUUUCCGCUCCUUCAUGAUCAAAUUUUGGAUCUGGGUAGUUGCCCUAACACUCUUCCUGUCCGCCAUCAUUGGCAACCGGAUGACCGUGUUCCGGAUCGUGUACAUGGUGCUGUUCCUGUGCUUUUUACUUUCCUUCCAGUUUUCAUUCAGUGUGUGGCGGAGAGUAAUGUUUACGUUCUGGAUUACCGUCAUCCUGUACUCGAUGGCCAUCUUGAUCUUGGUGUAUCUGCAUCAGUUCGAGCAGUUUCCGCGGUAUUGGGCGGCUAUAGGCAUAUCAAAAGAGUUGCAAGAAGAUAUAGGAUUGGAAAUAUUUAAAACGGGUCAACUAUUCCUACACUUGGUUAACCCAACGUUAGUCGUCAUCAUUACCGUCAUUCAGCUGCACUAUUGUCACGACAGGUUUUUGAUCAUUAGCGAAAUCCCAUCCAUCCAAACCGAAACAGAACAGUCGGACGAGGAAGACAAGCAAGAACCCGUGGCGCCUGCCACCGAUGGACCCGCUUACGGUACGUUUACGAACGCCGAUAAUGGAGCGAUAAUGGACUCGACAGAAGCUGUUCCAUCUGCUACCGACACGACCGUGGGACAGAAAGCCGAUGCUCAACCCGCUCGGGAGAAGCUCCCGCUCGAAGAGGAUGACGAUGAUGAGGAACAAAUCGAGAAGAUUGAAGAUUUUCGCUUCCGGAAGCUAUCCAGACAGGAGAUUACCGGGUUCGCCCGAAAAGCCUGGAAGAUGGCACUCGAUCUGUUGGAGCUAACGUGGCUGUUCUUCGAAAUUCACUUGCUUAAGAUCGUGCUGAUCGUGGCGUUCUCGCUGAGCGUCAACUCGGUCAACUUCCUGCACCUGCUGUACGUGGUGCUUUCCGUGUUCACGGUAAAGGCCCACACGUCCGGCAAGGAUUCGCUCACGUACAUCUACCAGAUCCGCAUAACGCGCAUCAUGUCGCUGUUUUCCGCCAUAAUGCUCAUCAUCACCAUGAUCUAUCAGGUGAAGUACAUCAAGGAGGGCGACUUCCAGAGCGAAUGUCCCAACAUUGACGCGAACACCACGCUGAUGGACAUGAACAAUGCUAAGUGGAUAGGGAUGCGCAAAACGGGCUCGGGCGAAACGCUGUCCGAUCUGUUGCGCCCGUACCUGGUGUACAUUCUGCUAGUGACCGUGCAUCAGGUGAUCAUUCUGCGCCAAACGAUACACCGCAUGCGGCUGGGACGUUCGCCCAAGACGCCGUCGCUAAUGUUCCCGAACAUCGUGCGGGCCGACGCGGACAAGGAUAUACCGCGCAUGAUCAAGUACCUGUUUAACUACGGGUACUACAAGUUCGGCAUUGAGAUAUCGCUCGUCGCGCUGAUCGUGGUGGUGGGCAACCGGAUGGACGUGCUGUCCAUUUUCUACGCCAUCUGGCUGGCGGUCAUGUUUCACAUGACGCGCGACGGCCUGCAGCGGCUGUGGAGAUGGCUGACGUGGUUCAUCGUGGCCGUCAUCCCGAUCCAGUACGUGCUGUUCGUGGGGCUGCCACCGUUCGCGUGCGUCAACUAUCCGUGGUUCGUGCCGCAGCUGGACCACUUCCGCAUCUGGGCGAUGCUGCCGGAAAAUUCGUACGAGUUCCGCAGCUUCGCCAACAAGAUGGUGUCGGACUUUGUGCUGCUAAUGUUUCUGUGCCGGCAGACGGUGGUGUUUCGGUUGGAGCGGGAGCCACCGCGCCGAUUUGGCGGCGGUAGCAAUCAGUCGGUGCUGGGCGAUUUCCAAAAGCUGGACGAGGGCAACUUCCAGAACCCAACGCCGGACUUCAUCACGAAGGUGCGCAACUGGUUGGAUAUGCUGAAGCGGACGCUGUUUCUGGUGUCGUUCUGGUUCACGCUGGCGGUAGUGUUUCUGUCCGGAUCGAGCCGGGUGAACCUGUUUUCGAUCGGUUACCUUAUCGGGGCGUUCUUUUUCCUCUGGCAAGGGACGGACUUUUAUCUCCAUUCGAUCGAGUAUAUCUUGAAGCGAUGGAACAUUCUCAUAUGCUACAAUGUGUUCGUCAUCGGUGCCAAAGCGUUUCUGCAGCUGUUCGGCUGUCUGUUCCUGGAGCAGCUGGUUAACAACAACUGCUGGGUAAUGCAACUGUUCGGUAUGAACUGUCUGUCCUCAGCACUUCCACCCCUCCCACCCGGUACGGUAGAUCCGGGCGAGCAGUGCAACAUACCACCUGCUUCCGAUGCCGGACUGUUCUGGGACGGGAUGUGUUUCGCCUUUCUACUGCUGCAGCGGCGCCUCUUCUCAAGCCAUUACUUCUGUCACAUCAUCAACGAAUCGAAAGCGAGCAAAUACUUGGCAUCGAGGGGUGCCGAGCUCAUCGAGGAGUUGCGUAUCAAGGAAAGUGCCCAGGAGGCGGAACGCGAACGGCAAAUACUGGAGAAGAUCAAAGCCAAGAUGGAUCGCAUCAAAGCGACGCAGCAGAAAAUACUGGAGGCAGUGCAGGACCCGGCUACGCAUGCCAUAGGCUACCACACGCCGAUAGAGGACGAGCUGGCAGCAAACUCUAUGUUCAUCGAGGGCGAGGGUCUGUCGGACAUGCCGUCGGACAAUGGUGGACUGACGGUUGGGCGAGGCUCGUACCAAACGCAGAUACCCUCGCCAAGCUCCGCGCUGAUGACAGUGUCGCUGGAUGCUUAUCUGGACCCGCAGCGAAUGUCCUUCGACUCACCGAACGAUUUGAUGGCGCGUGUGUGCAGCCCCGACGAUACGUUCCCCGUCUUUUCGCCGCCACCGUUUGAAAAGGAUCCGAGGGAGCCUUUAAGCUCGGCAGCAGCACCGUACGUGGCCACCACUACCGCGAACACCCUUAUGCCACCGCCAAAAACGGCCCUGCAGACGCGUCAGCAUCGUCGACAGUCGAGCUUGAAUGCUGUCUCGUGGCCAGCGAACAAUGAGCUUACUGUCAGCCCGAAGGCGCAACAUCGAGCCGUGCCAAGUGGCAACAUCAACAUCCCAACAGAAGACCCAACAACCGAACAGCAACCUUCCCAAUCACCGCGUUCGCCUCGCUCACCUCGAUCGGCUACGUUCGCGCCGAAUCAACCGCGCCAUCGGCGCCUGUCAAGCAUGGGAUCCGGGUCCGGCCUGCCGGACGAGCUGACCGCUGGCGGCGACGCAAUCGGGGCACGCCGUCGCUCGAGCUUCCUGGUGUCGCUGUUCGUGGACGAGGACAAUACUACGCGGUACGACGAGGUCACGACGACCGCGAACGGUGGCCCCACCUCUCGGCGACGGUCGCGCUCGCGCAGCUACUGGGGCCCGGUCGGCGAGGCCGGUCUGCGGGACUCGAUCCGCUCGGCCCGGUCGCGGUCGCCCGUCUCGCACCACGAGUAUACAGUCGACCAUAGGUCGAGCUUGAAGCGCAAAAUAUCGGAACACAGGCCAACGGCCAUUCGAUCCGGUGAUUAUUACAUGUUUGAGGAUGUGGAGCAAGAGUUCGAGCUGGAUCUGAUGGAACCGCACGAGUACGACGAUGAGUUGGACGAAAGAUCCCAGAAAGAUCAACGGCUGCGGCGAAGACUAACGCUCGGAAGGUUGGCCGCCCAACUGCGCAAGCAAAGGCAGCAGGAAGUGUACGAGCUUGCGUACGGCAAGCGCGAUGCUAACGAACCCGAUGAUGACGAUGAUGACGACGACACUAAUGCGGCGGUCGAUCAGCCUCUUACGCUAGCGUCCAGCGAUCUGCCGGCGGAGGAGGAUCCGGCCCAGCCACCGGCACUGCGGCGACGGCGCCUCUCGUCACCGGUCGUACUGAGGCGCGACCAUCCGACGCACACUGACCAUCGCGGCACAGACGACCGAACGGCUGCACUGGAACGGUCCGCUCUUUCCGAACCUUUACCACCAAUAGAGGCACAGUAUCCACCACCACCACCACAACCACUACCAACACUACCACAGACUGCUCAUUCAGGUACUCGGCUACGCAAGCCUACUGCUCUGGAUGCUCCGGAUGCUCAAACGGCCGGCCCAAGCAAGGAACUGCACGCCCAACACUCAAUAACGGACGAGGAGGUACGCCUGCUAAGCGACGAGGAGGAUGAGGUGGAAGGCCGCAAGGAGGCAGACGUCGCCGAGGAGAAGAAGAGCAAGUUUUCCCUGUCCGGACUGGCGCUAAUACCGGCCUUCUUGGCGGGUGUCGUCGGUUCGGUGACGCUAAGGUUACACCGUGCGUCACGCAACUAUCGGUACGUGAUGCGCGUGCUGACCCGUGAAAAGCAGGUGCUGAAGGAGACGCCCGGCUUUGGUGUUGGGGUGCGUGAUAAGGACGGCGUGUGGACGCACUACAUCUCGCGAUCGGGCAGUAGUACCUCACCCAAGCCCGAAGAAUCGCCUCCACCGUCCGGCGGCACGGUACGGUCGGGCGGUUCUAGUAUCGACGGCGGCGGUAGUCUGUCGUCCCGUACCGGAUCACUCGCCUCGCUCAGUAGACAAUUGCACAGUAGUAACAUUAACGACAACACCGACUACGAGCGGGACUAUGCGGAAGCGGAACAGCCGGCAUCGGCCGUGCCUUCAUCGCCGGCCGUAACGUUCACGGUGUCGGAGGUGCAGCCCGACACGGCGACGGAAAGCGACGCGAAAGCUAACACGAUACGCGAUCUGCAGGUGUACACUGGUGCAGAGCGGCAGCCGGUGGAUGAUGGACUGCAUACAGUGAGUGGAUUGGGAGCAGCUCUAGCAAUGAUCAGUCGUAAAGAUCCACUCAGGGAAGAAAUCGAAUCGUAUUACCAACACCGUAGGCGCAGUACUAGCUUACUACCCGAGAUACUCAUCUCGGCCCCGUCGGCCGAACGCGGUCUGGACGAGGAUGGGAUACCGUACCGCUACUAUUCCAAUGAUACACUGGACAGCAAAACCGACGGCAGCUCAACCGAAGCCGUCAAGCGUACGCUGGACGAGGUGAGCUCCGAAGAGGACUUCUCAUCGCGCAAACAUUCCGUGCUGUUCGAGCUGUUCCAGGCGGCCUGGUACGCGAUCAUGUCGCACACCGACUUCAUUUGCUACUUUGUAGUAUUCCUGAACCAGGUUAACUCAGCCAGCCUGCUGUCACUACCACUUCCCCUGCUGGUAACGCUCUGGGGUACGCUGACCUUCCCCCGGCCGGCACAAACCUUCUGGACGAUGCUGAUCGCCUACACGCAGAUGGUCGUGCUGGUGAAGUGUAUCGGGCAGUUUGAGAUGUUCUGGUGGAACCAAACGCCGAUCCCUUCGAACCAACCGUUCCAUGUGGCGCGGCUGUUCGGUAUCGAGCGCAAGGAUGGCUACGCAACGUACGAUCUGAUCCUGCUGCUGAUGCUGUACUGCCAUCGGUUCAUUCUAAAGUCGCUGGGGCUGUGGAAAUCGGACCCAACGGAAGAGCCGGCCCUGUCCGAGGGGCUGUACCAGGUCGAUCCGAACGACGAACGUGCCAAGGCUCUGAUGGCUUUGGCAGAGGAAAAUGAGAAGAAGCGUGAAACGUUGGAAAUACGUCCACCGGAAGAGUUGACUGGACUGUCGAUGGUGAAGAUCAACGAAAAGGCGGGCACGAUCGUCGAGGAACCGAUUGGAGAGGAAUCAAACGUGCUCUGCGUAUCGAUACACCCAGAGCCGACCAAGAAGUACUUCCCGCAGAUAGCGAAGGAAGCAUUCCUGCGCUACUCGGCCGCCCUGAAGGCGUUCUUCGUGCAGCUGCUCGAUCGACAGUCGCGCAAAACGACCGACGUGUACGGGUACAUGUUUUUGUGCGAUUUCAUCAACUUCUUCGUCAUUCUGUUCGGCUUUUCGUCCUUCGGGACACAAGACGGCGAUGGUGGCGUACUGUCGUACUUUGAGGAAAACCGCGUGCCCGUCACCUUCCUGCUGAUGCUGAUCAUACAGUUCUUCCUGAUCGUGGUCGACCGGGCACUGUAUCUGCGCAAAAACAUUCAAGGGAAAAUCAUCUUCCAGUUCAUACUGAUCAUCGGGCUGCACGUGUGGAUGUUCUUCGUGCUGCCCGCGACGACCGAGCGCAACUUUAAUGCGACCACGCCGCCCGUCCUGUACUACAUGAUCAAGUGUUUCUAUCUGCUGUUUUCGGCGUACCAGAUACGGUGCGGCUAUCCGGCCCGCAUUUUGGGCAACUUCCUUACGAAGGGCUUCACGAUGGCUAACUUCUCCGGGUUCAAGCUGUUUAUGACGGUACCGUUCCUGUUCGAGCUGCGCACGCUGAUGGACUGGAUCUGGACGGACACGUCGAUGACACUGUUCGAUUGGCUCAAGAUGGAGGACAUCUUUUCGAACGUGUAUCAGCUGAAGUGUAUGCGGCAGCUGGAGGAAGAUUUGCCGGCACCGCGCGGCCAGAAGAAGGGCGCAAUGGUGAAGUAUCUGAUGGGGGGUGGCAUGAUGUUGGGCAUAAUAUUUCUCAUUUGGUUCCCGCUGGCCCUGUUUGCGUUUAGCAAUGCGGUCGGUCAGCCGAACAUUCCGCACGACGUGUCGGUGGAGCUGCGCAUCGGGACGUACGAGCCGGUGUAUGCGAUGAGUGCACAGAACAAUAGCAUUUAUGGUCUCACGCCAAACAAUUGGUCCAACUUUACGGCGCCUUUCAUGGAGCGAUCGGCCCAAACGUUCCUCUCAAACUAUGAACCGGCCGACGUGGCGGCUGUUCAGCUCGGCAUAAGCUCCGCGUCGAUCUGGAACAUUUCCCCGCCCGAUCGGAACCGGUUGCUGUACGAUCUGAUCAACAACGUGACGCUAACGUGCCGCUUCCGGUACACGAUCAGCCGGAUGACCAACUCGAAGGAAAACCCGGGCGUCAUCUCCGAGGAGCGCACCUACCAGCUGUACGACGGGCCGGCCCGGCAGGCGCUCAUCAAUUCGCUCAGCCGCACGAAACCGGACGAAAUGGCGGUGCUGAUGAACAUUAUGCCCAAGUUUCUGCGCGUCCAAAAUAGUGGCUCGAUUCGGCCCGUUCAUCAGCUGGUCAAAACGGCUGACGGCGAUGAGGACGAAGAGAACUAUCGCAACAUGCAGCUACGGCAGCUGUACAUGGACGAAACGUCCAACACGAGCUGGUGGCAAGCGAUGGAGGACUGUACGGACACGCUGUACGAGAAGUACUUUUCCCGGCUGCCGUAUGCUGACUGCACCAAUUUUCUGGUGAUUUACAUGUUCAACGACAAGAUAUUCCCCAGCACCAUCAGCUCGAUUGCGGCGGGCGGCAUUAUCGGCAUCUACUCGACGAUGAUACUGGUGUUCUCGCGCAUGCUGCGCACGAGCAUCUUUUCCGGUGCGAGCUCCAAAAUCAUGUUCGAGGAUCUGCCGUACGUCGACCGGGUGCUGCAGCUCUGUCUCGACAUCUAUCUCGUGCGCGAAUCGUCCGAGUUUACGCUGGAGGAGGAUCUGUUUGCCAAGCUGCUGUUCCUGUAUCGGUCGCCCGAGACGAUGAUCAAGUGGACGCGGCCAAAGAAUGAGGGCGGCGGCGACGACGAAACGGACACGAUGACCGAUCAGCCCGAAACGCACCCGAAGCAGGAGUAGGGGGAUGCACGGUGGUUGAUGAUAUUUUGUUGUUUUUUUUGUGAUACAAAGCGAACUUACUGCUACUGUUAGGGCGUGACGUGUGCGACACGUGGUCCGUGGUAUAAGGUGUUUUGAAGUUGGAUACUUUUAUUGGUCGUUGUUAGGUUAUUGGUACGAAGAGCUGCACACAACUGCAUACAAAACAAGCAAUAAACAGUUGAAGAGAGGUAGGCAUGAGAGUGCAUUACGACAGUGGAUUUAAAGUGGACGAGAAGACAGCAGACAAUCGACAGCCGGCAGCGUGGUUUAGUUUAAUGCGGCAAGAAAUUGUAAACGCAGCAAAGAAAGUGGCACAGUUAAUGUGUGUUACCUGUACAUAGAAGACAUCAAAAUGGCGCCAAACAUUACGAAACGAAACGUUUACAUUUACAAUUAUGCUAGAAUUUAAUUCGCAAUGCUAGUCGAACGCGUAGCCUCAUUUCCCCAUGUUAAUGUGGGGUCAGAAAGAGAGAGGGAGAGAGAGAGAGAUUCACACGUGCAUUAUUAUCGUAAUUUAUAUUCGCUUAUCAAUCCCCACUCCUAUUUGUAUUCGAAACGGUUUUUUGCAUACAUCAGAAACGAUCAUCACGGUCGCUGUGGGGCUUUGCCGUUGCUUCCAGUGACCACCUUCCCCCCCUCCCGGCGAACCAUCCCUCUCGAAUUUGUUGUUUCACAUCUCCUUCCUGCAGCAGCAUUUCAUCUCAUUUUCUAGUGCGUAAUUCAAUCGAAAUUUGUAACAUUUAAAAAUAAAGCGGAAAACCCAUGCCGGAACUGGAACUUUUCCGGGUGAAGUUGAA